ACUAUUUCAUCCAAAGUGAUCUUGUCCCCUGUUUUCAAUAUCUUCUUUCGGAGUUCUUCUGUAUUACCCUUUUCAGUUAUGUGAUCUAUGAUAUGCUCGUCUUCUUUUUCACCAAACUGACACUUCUUGGCGUGUAGUCGAAGUCUGAUAAGAAAUUUUUAAUAAUAAUAAUAACUGUUUUAUUGCCUCCAAAUUAUGAUACACUUAUUAAAACGUACUACCUAAAGGAAAAACAAAAUUACAAGUAUGUAUCUUAAUAUAACAUUAAGUGGAGGCAAGAGGACGAGCCUCAGCGUAAGCGGAGCCAAGCUUGCAACUCAACUACAGCUAAUGGAAAGCUGAGCCUCGCUGGGAGCACAGAACGAGCGCGGGUUUCGUUCCGGAUGUCGGAUGUUUCGGAUGUCGGAGUGUCCGACGUCGACGUGAAAUUUGAAAUUAACAAUAAAAAAAUCUCUUUCUCAGCCAAUCGCCGCUCAGCAUGGCUGAUAGAUGUUUUGUCUAUAAAAUGAAGGUAAAAGAUCGAGCAAAUUUUGUUAGAUGGUGUUGCAGGAUAUUUAAUUAUUUUCUUCCUAUGUUGUAAAUAUACUACAGUAUCACUCACGAAGUUAAAUUUGGGAAUGUUGUGUUUUUAGGUUUUUUUCCAUGUCAACUUAAGUUGUUACAAUACUUUUAUCAGCAAAAUAAAAAUAUACGCAUUCAUAAUUUAUGAUAAGUAUGUACGUUAAAUAUCUGUGAAAUAUUUUAUUUUCUUAUUCACAUGUAUGUACCAGAUUUUAAAACAAUUAACUUAAUUUUUCCCUGCAUUUCCUAUGUAAAUAGUAUUUAAUCUUUACUAUUGUCAAACGUGAUUUUAAAAGGUAUCCUUUUUAUGGUUUGUUUACAUCAGUUUACAUUUUGUUUCACUCCAAUGUGAAUAGACAAACUUAGAAAUAGAAUAGGAUAGAUAUUUUUUUAUUGCUCCCACAGUAAUACAUAGUACAAUACGAUUUGACAGUGUGAAAAGCAAAUGGAUGUGGCUCAGCAUAAACUGCUUCGAUAAAAGUGUAUCUCAGGUUUUGGUGGCACUGUGUGUAGGUAGACAUAUCUUCAUCCAUAAAACUUCUUCUUCUUCUUUUUAGAAAAUGGCGGUGCACUUUUGUGGAUUUCGCCAGACUCGAUGUUCUCUUUAGUCUGUGAACCGUAAUCUGUGGUUGGGAGUGACAUUUCAUACCUACAUACACUUUUUUGUACAUUUUGCGAAAUAUUUUUUUAUUAUUCACGAUCUUUUUGUACUUCUGACUUGGAUUGUAAAAAAUAUAGCUGCAAAUUUAACGAAAGUUUGCAUACUCACACACUUAAAUAAAUAUUAUAAAUAAUGUGGAAAUUCUUUGUAUGUUUAUUUCACAAUUAUUUUGUUGUUACUUCCAAGAACGUCACAAUAUCUUUUAGUUAUUUAUUGUUUAAGUGUAAUUUAAUUUAAUUCCAUAAAAUAUUGACAGUGAAAUAGUUGGUCUUUUCACAAUUAUGAGAUAAACUAGCGAGGUUCUGCAAAAAUAAUGCCAUGUACGCUCCAGAUCACAGAAGGAAAGAUACAAGAGAUGUUAUGUACCGCAGUAAUUCCAGUCUAGAUUUGAUAUAUAAUGAUCAACCAUCAGGAAAUGGCCUACGCCGUGAAUAUGGAAGUCAUGGUUCAAUCGACGUGAUUGGUGGUGGAAGCGAAAGAUUACCUGCAAUGGUUCAUAAUUACAGUGGAGUUUCUUCGUCGGAAAAAACACCGGGACUUUCACGAGCUUCUGAUCGGCUGUCCGAUGUUCUUAGCAGUGACCAUGCUGAUGGUCCACAACCAAGAGCCAGUGCUAGCCCAAAACCACGACUUAAGCUCAACAAACUGUGGGGUGGUGCAGCGUCAGUGUUACCUCGCCAACCACUAGACGAUGGAGCAAUUUCCUCUGUCACAGCAGAUUGUGUUAAACGGAAACAGUUUGCUCAUUAUGAUUGUCAGUCCCUCAUGGCUAACUUAAGUUAUGCUGCUGAAAUCCGUGGUGCAUUAUUAAGUAGACGUCGCAAUACAACAACAGGAGCAUCGGCAGCAUCUUUGUUGGCAACUCGAGGUCUACCCCCAGGUGAAGAUGCAGUACCUGACACUGGUGAUGGGCAAUCUAAUGAGCUUCUAGAUAGCUGCCCAUUCUUUAGAAAUGAAAUUGGAGGUGAAGAAGAAAGAUGCAUUUCUUUAUGUUGGAGAACUUCGCGUGGCGCAAUUCCUGGCCAAACCGCAAGUUGGCACCGACCUAGGGCUGCAUAUGGAAUCUCUGUGCUUGAAUUCCCACCUGGCCACACACAUUGGAGGAAUGGAUGUCCCUUUACAAGAACCUUUGCGCCAUUGCCAGUUGAAAGCCAAGAUCUGGGAGCCCUUUAUUACAGAAACUAUUUCUACAACCAGCCUCAUCAAAACUGGUUUGGAAUGGAUGAUAAUUUAGGUCCUAUAGCCAUUUCUAUAAAAAAAGAACGGGUGGAGCUCCGUAGAGGUGGUGCAGACGUGUCAGCACCCGCGUCUCAACUCGCAUGGCAGUACCGGCUAAUCGUGCGAACCUCAGAACUGCUUACCCUACGUGGUUCAGUCCUAGAAGAUGCGUUACUCACUGUUAAACCAAGCAACAAUAGUGCGACCUAUUGUACUAAAGAAGUACUGGAUUAUGUCGCUCCUGAAAUGCAACUAAAUUGCCUACGACUUGGAAUCACAAACGGCGGAGCGGAAGAGCAGUUGUUGCGUCUCGACGAACAAUGCGUAACGAGACACUAUAAAGUUGGUAUCAUGUACUGCAAAAGUGGACAAGCAACAGAAGAAGAGAUGUACAAUAACCAGGAAGCAGGCCCAGCAUUUGUAGAGUUUCUACAAAUGUUGGGUCAGACAGUUAGGUUAAAGGAUUUCGAUAAGUAUAAAGCGGGCCUCGACAACAGGACAGAUUCGACAGGUCUCUAUUCAGUGUAUACCACAUACCAAGGUUGUGAGAUAAUGUUCCACGUUUCAACGAUGCUACCUUACACACCUCAUAAUCGGCAACAGUUAUUACGGAAGAGGCAUAUAGGCAAUGAUAUUGUUACUAUAGUAUUCCAAGAACCGGGUGCUGCGCCUUUCACGCCUCGGAAUAUACGCUCUCAAUUUCAACACGUAUUCGUUGUAGUCCGAGUGAUAGAUCCGUGUACGGAAAACACUCAUUACAGUAUAGCUGUGAGUCGUGCUAAAGAAGUGCCCUUAUUUGGACCUCCAAUCAAAGAUGGAGCAGUUUACCCAAAGGGUGAAGGUUUCACUGAUUUACUACUUAGUAAGGUUAUAAAUGGUGAAAACGCUGCUAUACAGUCACCAAAAUUUAGUACUAUGGCAACACGGACGCGGCAAGAGUAUCUGAAAGAUUUGGCUAAAAAUUAUGUAACAGCAACAACAGUAGAAUCUGGCCAAAAGUUUUCUAUAUUUUCUUCGCUCCUAAUGAAAAGUGGUAGUAACUCAAACAACAGCACAGUUUUACCGCGCCUCGAAAACUGUACAAACGAUGUCUUAGUCGGUGGUGCAUUAUGUUUUCAAGUGCAAGUGCAAGAUGAAGGCGCUGGUGGAUCACUAUUUGACUGCAUUAUGGGAAUUUCGGCUGAUAGCGUGGUGUUUAUAGAAGAUAGUACUCGUCAAAUUAUAAUGGUUUUACCUACCAACUUGUUACUUGGAUGGGUGGUGAGCAGUGGUUGGACGCGCGUUUACUACCACCGCGGCGAGAGCGUGCGCGUGCGUGCGCGCAACGUGCACGACUCGCUGCUGCGGCGCCUGGCCGCCGUCGCGCCGCACCAUGCGCACGCGCUACACGAGAUGACGCUCGAGCGAGGUGCCGCCACGCAGCUCGGUUUCCACGUUCAACCGGACGGUCUAGUAACGGCAGUGGAGGGGGGCGGUUGCGCUGCGCGCGCCGGCAUCCGUCGCGGCGCACGCCUGCUGGAAGUGUGCCGCGCCGCCGUCGUCGCCUUGCACCACGACCAACUGGUCGACCUGCUCAAGACAUCCGACCCAGUGACGGUGGCGGUGACGUUCGCUGCGAGCUCGCGUUGCGGCUGCGAGACCACGAGCGCUGAGAUCGAGGAGCGAGUGUGCCGCGCCGACGCGCAACAACCCGCGAGACGGCGACCCGCCGCGCACUCCCCGCCGCGCUCUGACAGCUCCGGAUACGGCACCGGGGGUUCAGGUCGCAGUGCGCGACGGUCGCCGCAAACAUCGCCCGUAUCGGAAGCAGCGAUACGACGGAGAUCCCAUGACGACUCGCCGCGAAACGUUCGCAACCGUCGCUCCUCGCCCAAUACCAGCUCGCUCACAGAGGAGCUAAUGCGCCUGAUGGACGCGGAACUAGGUCCCCGCCCCACUGACAACGGCGUGGCGUCGACUCCGGUGCCAGCGCCUACUCCGCCUUUACCUUUACCGGACGCCUCUGCCCUGGACUGGGCUACCCUCGUCCAUACCGCCACUAGAGCGAUGCUCCAGAUUUGUGAAGAACAUAAUUAUCCAUCAAUGGACAACCCAGAACCUUCACUUGAGACUUUAACCAGUGAGCCAGUACAUGAUUCCUGGUCUGAAAUACCGGAGAUGCCGGAGACUGAUCAACAAGCUGAUUCCGCUACCGUAGUGGGCGGCGUUUCGGUCGGAAGUGGGACUGGGAGUGUGGCUGGGACUGGUGUUGUGUCGUCGAGCUGCGGGUGUGGGCUGAUGGCGCGUGUGGCCUCGCUCGAGGCGGACGCGGCACUUGCGCUGAGGCAUCGCCACCAACUGGAGGACGAGGUUCGUCGUUUACGACGCCAUAACGCCCGCCUCAGAGAAGAGUCGGCGCGAGCUGUUUGGCAACUAAGGCAGUUUACACAAUGGCUCAAGCGGACAGUCGACAGACAAUAAUUCAACUUCUCUCAGAACUAGAGAUCGGAUAGUCGGAUGUAUUACCUAAUGUUGUUUUUUGACUAACAAAUUAUAAAAACGGCUUCUUAGGACAUUUUUAUUGAAAAUAAAAUCCCGAGCUUCCGGGAUCGCAAAGCUAAUCAGAUGUUUAUUUAUUUAAAGUUAAAUUUUAAUUUCCCAUUCAAGCAUGUGUGUAUGUAUGAUGUAAGAAAUGGUGGUGUGGUUAAAAAGGAGGCAUAAAUGAAUAUACAUUUAUUUAUUCAUUAAGGACAUCUUACACAAUAUUUGUAUGUUAUACAUAUGGGGAAACUGUCAUUUCUGUCAAUCUAGGUUUAUUAGAUCCCACGGAGUAUACAUUUAAAUUUGAAUUUCCCGGAAUCGCGGGAUUAUUUUGGAUAAAAAAGUGCUUUCCAUGAUAGCCAACAUCUCAACUUUAGGUAAAUGUGUAUCCGAUUAUCGGAUCUCUACUCAUUACCUAUGUGAAUCUUUACUACAUAAACUACUUUAAGAUGAUCACAUGACACUAUAUAUGGCACUAGUAAAUAUUCUACUAUAAUUUUUCUUUAACCUAUCAGUUUUUGAUAGGCAGUUCUUUACAGACCUAUAUUAAUUUAUUGACACCAUCGCAUGUUUUCACGAAAUAAGCAACUUGUAAUGUGAUAAAAUAAAACGCAGUAGAUUUUUAGUUUCUAGACUCCAGAAAAAUUUGAUUCAGCAUUCUAUUGUUUAUUUCAGUUAAAAAAAUUCUAAAAUAAAGAUUCUGUUUUCUAAUAUGCCGUGGAACUGGAAACGUUUAGCUUGGAUAUAAUAUGGUGUCUUACAGAAAUGCUCCGUCACACUGCUGUCAUUAAAAGAUUAAACGGCAUAGUGUCACUUUGAUAGCAAGUUUACAACCGUGUGACGUCAUUUAGGAUCCGCCGAACCUAGGCGUUUUCUAUCACAUUAGUUUAGUAGCUCUCAAACGUCCGUAUACGUCCGAUGCCACUUGAGUCUCAUAAAAGUUUUCCCAGUCAAACGUCCGAAGACACUUGAGUGUCCUCUGUGGGCGGUCCUUAGCAUUAUUAUUACUGCUUGUGGUCUCUUUAGUUUAGGCAAAAUAUGUAGAUGGAGUUGUGAAUAAAAAAGCAGUGCUCUCUGCACUUAAGAUUUUUUUAACAUCAGUUUGAAGUAUGAGCUCCGCGAAAAGUUGUGACGUGGUGGACGUUCAACCGAAUUUAUCGCAAUUUUGUCGAAAAUGCUAUUUUCUCAUUAUUUAAUCUUAAAGUAUGAUAAAUCCACACGUUCUUCAUGAUUUACCGUGUUAGUGGUGUGAAAAGAUCAUAGUUUUAUGUGCGUAACAAUUAAAAAAUCUGCUAUGAAAAUAUCGAAGAUUUUUUUUUAGAUCUGGGUUUAAAGCUUAAACUUAUAAAUAAGUAUGUGAUGUAUUAAUUGGACUACACAAAAGUAUUUUUUGUUUUGAUCUAGCUUGUAUAGUUUUUUUGUAUAACGAACGUUUUAACGGAAGAAUGGCGUAGAAGAGAAGGAGAAUAGAUCGCGCUGUCACUUGGACGUUAAACUGUCAAAUCAGUUAGACAUUCGGACAUUGCAGACGGCUGAAAGGAUAAACUUUUUCCAGUUCACGAUUUCAUUCAUGAUCAAUUAUCAUUUUUCUGUUCGAAUAUUCGCUGCCAAUAUUCAUGUCAAAUACAGAUACAAACAAUUGAUAUUUAUUUUUCACACUGUCAAAAACCCUAUUGCGUACACUUAUUUUUCUUUGGUACGUACAAUAAGCUAAUUAAAGUAAACAACGAUUAUUGGAGUAUUUUAUUGACAAUACGUGCGAUUUCGAAUCAAAAUUUGUAUAUAAAUCUUUAUAUUUAAAAAUCAAUGCAUAUUGCAUUCCUCGUUGCAAAAACUAUUCUUUAUUCUCAUUAAUUGACUUGAAAACAUUGAUUAUAAUACAUUGUUUUCUGGAAUAUACUCUUUGGUCUUUUUUGGGUUAAUUUUAUCGCUUUAAUGUUACGUGGUAUUAUUUAAUUACUAUAUGCGGUUAAUAUUUAUGGCAACAUUUGAUAUUUAGCCAAAACAGACUCGCUUAUUUUGAAAUAGACUUUCCUGAUGAUGUAGUUUUUAUUUAUAGCAUCAUCUACACAGAUUAUCAAAUGCUUGUAAUAUCUUUAUGUUCAUCGUAUUUAGGACUAGGCAGUUUUUAAUCAGUCCAUAUUAUCAUUAGAAAGCCAUCAACCUAAUUGUUUUUUCUACUUUGAUUGAGAAAGUAUGUAGCUCGCAUUUCUGAAACACGAAAGGUGCCAAUUGGAUCUUUUCUGGAAAUGCAGUAAUGAUAUAACAAUGAAUAGAUUGAACUAUAAACAUACUUUUAUUUACAAGAUUCUUUUAGGAUCAUUCUCAAAUGAAAAAAUAUCAUUCACUUUUAGUUAAAACGUGUUGAAUUUGAAGGCACAGUAUAUACGGUAAACAUUUGAAUAUUCCGAACAUUGUUUUGUUAUUAGAACAAGAGGAGUUAAAAACAAAACAUUGAAUUUCUGGAUAGCAUUUAAAUAAUAAAUAAUUAUUUGUAAGCUAAAUAUUCUCCUUUAAAAUUAUUCCAAAGCUAGACUUCUUAUAGGCGUAUAGAUUAAAUAAAGAAAUAUUAAGCUUACAAUAGAGCAAUGGUGAAAGCGUUAGUGUAUUUAGUAGUAAGAAUAUUGCUAGGCGGUAGAUAAUGUUCUAACUUAUGUGCUGUAUCUUAUGAAUUCGUGCCUUUUCUGCGCUUUGUGCAGCCUUUAUUUUGGGCUCGUUUAUCUGUGUUAUGUUUUAUGCUUCUCCCACACCUGCGCUACGAAACUUCGGGCGGCUUUGGUACUAAAUACGCUAAAAUGAGCGUUUGAAAUUUUAAUAAGUUCUGUCGUAAUGAAUUAUCGGGAUGCAUGUCUAUAGACGCUAGACGAUAAUUUGACACACUAAAAGAAGUUGUGGGCUGUGGGAUAAAUUUGUAUGGGCAGCUAAAGAUGCGUACUUAUUCAAAAUGCGCAUGCUAAGUUUAGCACAUUUUAGUACCAAAACUUGUUCAAGCAGGUAUGAGAUAAGCAUUGGAGCAUCUACAAAUUAAAAUGUAAUUGUACAUGCUCUAAGGUGUUGGUAUGAUAACCAACAUGUACUGUUUAAACAAAUAAAUUAUUUUGUUGUUGGCAAAUGUUUACAUGUUUACGGUUAUAAUAAUAUUUAUAUGUUACCUUUUUUCAUUCAAUUCUCGCAAUAUAGAAUUGAUGAUUAAGAUUGUUGAAAUUUGAUUGUCAACUGAAUUUCAUUUAUUGGCUUAUUUCAACUAUUAGGCAGUUGAAACUGGAGACGAAAUUGUUAAGUAUCAUUAUUAAUUAAAUAAUGAUUAUCAAAACUUCAUAAUAUUAAUACUGGAGUGAAAGUAAUUAUUCAGGGUUUAUUUUUGGCAUUUGACUCAGUCUUUAAAAAAAUGCCAAUUAGCAGUUGGCAAAUUAGACAAUUCAAAUUUGUAUGUAGGGUGGUAGUGAGUCUCCGGCAGACUCCCCAAGUUUUUAUACCAUGCAGUUCACGGUUGAUCGUUUGACAAUAAACUAGAACUUAUGUAAUCCCCGUUUUUUAUUUCAAAUAAUUAUUAUAAUUUUUAAUUACUUUACGUCAUUAUUAAUUGGCAAAUAGCAAGUUUAUUAACCUAUUUUUUGUUGCCAAAGCAUCAAAUAUAUUUAAAAAUAUAAUCUGAUCAUGUUAUUACAUAAAACAAGCUUUCAAAUUAUAUAUGUUUCAUCGCUGUUGGAAACCGACUACCACUUUUAAACUGUCUCCUUUAAAGAAUUUGUAUUUUAUAAUGUCUAUCAAUAUAAUUUAUAUUGUUAUAGUAUGUACAAAUAAUCAACUUUAAUUACAACUAUAUUUACCAAUUUAUGAAUCCAAUAUUUCUAAGAUACUAUAAAUAAAUGAUCCCAUAUGACUUUUUGCAUAUACUGUAAGCAAAAUAAUAUUGUAAUAGGUUAUUUUUUACUUAUUAUAGUAAAUUUAUUAUGGUCGUAUUUAAUACGUAUUAUAAUUUACGUAGUGAAUGAAAAACCAUGUUAAAUUAUUCUUUUAUAUGUAUAGUUGUUAACGAUCUAUUCAUUAAAAAAAUAUGACAUGUAAGGUGAACACCAAUUAUUAUUAGGGUAAUAUUAUUUAACACAGUCAAAUGUGUCGUCUGUUGAAUAAAUUAACUUUGUAUUAUUUGUUCUAUUUAUUACAAUUUAAAAAAAUGACAUUAUAUUUGACUGUGUGUAUAUAAGGUUGAGAAUGAAAUCUUAUGCAAUGAUUCGCUUUUAUCAAUAGCCCUCGUUCCGAUUUUUGUACACGCAUGUGGGUACAUGACGUGUUUUAUCUCUAGCUAUAGGUAGCGACAAACUUCUCUAAAAUUGCUACUGCGCUGGCUUCCUUAUCUAUGGUCGUCCCUCAAGAAGUUUGCCGGGUUGUAUAAAACGUGCUCGCAAUAUUUUUUACAGCAAAUAAAACAUGGUUCAAAUUUGGUAGAGUGCAUUCGAGGGCUAUUAAUAAAAAAGAAGCAGUAUUCUCUUCAUUAGAAUAUAUAUUUAGUCGUAUUCAGAAUUUGAAACCUGCCAAAUAUUAAUUCAGUAAGUUAACACAGAUACUAGCACAAAUUGUAUUCGUAUUUCACUCCAUUUUUACUAGCAUUUCUCUGACAUCAUAAUGUUUCUUUUUCAUGUACUUAAAGAGCCUAAUGGCUGUUAAAGUUACGUACUCUUAUAAUAGAUAGUUUUCAACAGACACGAGACUCGUAUUAGUUAAUCAUCGUAAAAUGAAAGCUUUAUUAGUUUAGGAUGGUUAGAUAUAACUUUAGUGUAGGUAUGUAAGGGACACUAUGAUAAAAAUCACACGUAAACACAAUACUCUGCAUCUGCACUCUUGUUGCCGAUUUAUGUCAAUUAUAGUUAAGGUAAACGAACAUGGUUAUUUUUACAUUACGUUUAUUUAUGCUUUCAUAAUAUUUUGUUACUAAAGCUUUAAGAAUGAACUGCUUAACAUGAAUAUUUUGAUGAAUGUACUUUUUGUUGCAUGAUACCACGGAAUAAAUACAAAGAGGAGAACACAUUAGCAAAUGUCAAUUGUGAUUUUUGCACUUGUCAAGGUUGUAGGCGUGGUCUUAUUUAUAAUAUUGUCGACACUUGACCAGUAUGAACUGCACUCACUUACGAUACCAUUUUCGGCAUAUUUUCAUUUAAAUGACAUAAUUGAACUAAAAAUACAUUAUGUAAUAAUCAUGUAAACUAAUUGUUUUUAUUACCAUAUGCAACUCACGACUUGUAUUUAGUCAUGAUAUACCUAAGUAUAUUUCGUUUCCCCUUUGAUAUUUACUCUGUGAUCAAAUACACCAGGGGAUCAAUCGCCUAAAGUGCUUGCUAUGACUAUCGCUAUCGCUUACGAUUUCAUAUUUUUAUUUCUGACCGCCAAAGGUUUUCAAAUACCUCGCGCCCUUUUUUUUCUUUCGCAUUGGUAAUAACAAUAUUAAAUAGAGGUAUUUGAGCACCUUAAGCGGCCAGAAAUAACAAAAUGAAAUCGUAAGCGAUAGCGAUAGCCUUAGCAAUCCCUUUAGGCGAUUGGCACCCAGAACAGAAGCAGAACUUGUGGUUUGUAUGUCAAUUAAGGUUUGUAAAUGUAAACGUCCAGUAGUUAACUCGUAGAUUAAUGACAAAGAGUUGAGAGUGUGCCUUUCGUGCAAUUAAAUUAUGCAUUAUGUUAAGAUAUCAUUCAUUACAGAAAAUCUGAAUUAAAUAAAAAUGUCAACAAGCCUCAAUCUUCAAAUGUUACCUACUCAUUAAAGUAACAAAAAUUUACACUCUUAUUAAUAACGAAAAAUAAUAAAACAAUUUUAAAAAGGGUUCGAAGCGCAGUUGGUUUUUUUUUUACAUUAUUCUUGAAGUUUCGGAUCCUUUUCAUGAAAUAACGCUUCAUAUCUGUUUAAAUGUCAAAACAUUGCAUAACUAGAAUAAUUUUAAAUAAAGGGGUUAGAGGUUAAAGGCAAUGGAUCUGCUAAUUUGACAUUUGUAUAAAAACAUCAAAUUAUUUCUGGUAAUCAUACAAUAGGGUAUUUGACAAGUUUUAGAAAACGAUCUCACGUUAUUCACUAAUGUUUAUAGAGGCCAUAAAAAUCGAUAUUCAUCAUUAUAUUGUGUAUUUCGGUAAAAAACACUAAUUCAAAAACUCUAUUUUCAAGUUGCCGCGGAAAACGUCUCUGGACAAUAUGGCGGCUCACUGGUGUGUGACGUCAUUUUAGGCUCCACCAAUCCAAAGCGUUUUGGGUCACAUGACAAUAGACAAGAAAGCUAUUAUCUUUAUCGUGGGUUUUUAGUAAAAUUAUGAAUAUUUUUUCCGUAAAAAUAGUAAAAAUUCCUGCCAAUAUUCAUUCUAAAUACAGAUGCUAACAAUUGGCACUUUAUUUUUAAUACUGUCAAAUACCCUAUUACUAAUGCCAAGUUGGGUAAUUAAUAGGAAAAAUGGAUGUCGCCUCUCCGUACGAAAAAGAAUUUAGUGUUUAAGAUAUCGUUGUUGUGCAGAUGCAGUUAACAGUCAUUAAUCUAAACCUCAGAUAAAAUCAAAAGGGGAGAUACGGCACUCACGUCUCAAAAGUGUACCGCUUAAAUUAGGUGCAUGUAAUGUACACAAUACGAUUUAGUCACAAUUUGACAAGUAAAAAAUCCGCAUGUGCACCCAUAAAACAACAUUGCGGAUAUUAUUGUAAUAAAUAAUAUAUAUAUUUUUUUCAAAAAUCUGUGUAAUGAAUGAUAUGCCGGCACUUCGCUUGGCUAUUCGCGUUAGCUUUUUGUAAACUUGACAUCAGUUUCUUUAUAUUCGUAAUAAAGCAUGAUAUGAGUACAUUGUUGUCAACUAUACAAAUACCUAGCAAACAAAAAUAACCAAGUGAAGUGCCGCCAUUAUUCACUUAUAUUUGCCAGUUUGUUAUCUAAAAAUGAACAACAAUACAAGAUAGCCAUGACUCAGCCGUUCGUAGAGAGAGAAAGAGCAUAUCUGCACUCUGUUGUCAAGCGACGCGGACUCGCGUUGCAUUGAAGCGUACCGGUCUGUCUCGCUUGCUCGAUUUAAUGUUUAUUUUAUUUAUACGUGUUGCUUACGUAGUUGAUUACGAAAUGCUUCGAGCAUUUUUAAUUAACGCUAGUAAGAGCGCGUUUCCCUUUAUGAUUUAAUCUAAGAAUAGAAUGACAGUUUAACUAAAAUUGCUAUUUAGUAACCGUAUCUUUUCUCUGCCACAUCCUUAGAUUAAAACAAAAAGGGAAGAUACGGCACACGCGGCUCAAAAUUCAUCCGCUUAGGGGUGAUGACGGGGUACAGUAAACGAAAUUCUAUUUAGUCCGUCAGUUAGAUGAUCAUAAAAUAAUGGACACGUAUUUUUUCUUUGGGCAAACAACCAAAAAAUGACAAAGUUAUAGCGCGUCAAAGUUUGGGAGUAGGGGCUCGUGACGUCACUUUUGAGUGAAUUUUCACUUAUAAGUGUACUCAAACGUGACGUCAUGCGACUUUUCAAAUCAAUAUAUCUCUGCAAUGUUUAUAUUAUGUGAAAAAAGAAAAAUACGUGUCCAAUACUUUUUAGUAAUCUACCUGAUAAACGAAGAAAAAAAAUAGUCAUCAUUCCUAUUCGCUUUAUAGUCACAAUUGGACAUUCAAACAUGCUGCAUGUGCACUCAAAAUAACAAUAUUGCGUAUAUUCUGUGUUAUAAACAUAAAACAAUGCCUUCGAUGCUUUUAUAAAGAACACAAAUAGUUCAAAAUCAAAUUAAAAAUGCCUCGGCAACACUUUUCAUUCGAAAAACUGUAAAAACAUUCUUUUCUCAAAAAUCACGGUUUGUCGUGAUACUACAUUAUGAUAUAAGUGCGGUAAGUUGAGAAUUACAGCCGAGGCGAUAUUGUUAUUUUAGUUAUUAUUGUAGUUAUUAUGAUAAGGCUGUAAUUAUCAAACCGCACGUAUGUCAUACGACGUUUUAUAACACAUUUGCGAGGAAAUAAUACUAACUACGUACGUACUUUCUGAAAAUGAAUUUGCACCUUUGUUUGUUUUUCAUAAGAUGAAAUUUGGACACGCUUGACUGUAAGUAUCUAUCCAUGGAUUUUUCGGGCAAGAGGCUUAGCGUAGCCUUUUUUGACUUCUGGCUGUGUCAAAUUAAUGAAUACGUUACAACUUGACAAUAUGUUCAAAUAAAAACAAUACAGCGAAAAAAAAAACUUAUUCACAGAUCAGCGAUGCGCGCGCAUCGCAACGCUUUUUUUAGGCAAAGGAACAAAAAACAGCCAGUGUUACUAAUAAAGUAACAUAUUUUUGUGAAUUUGUUACCGAUAUAUAUUACGUUUGUAAUUUACUGUCAAAAUGAAUCAAAUCAAAUAAUUAAAUGUUUAUAUAUUAUAUUUUAUCUCCCAAAGAUAAUUUUAUUAAGAAAAUGUUGGUUACCUCUCUGACAUAAAAACUCUUUGCUAUGAUUUAAAAAAGUAUCGUUCGUUUUUAGACGGAACAUAAUAAGCCGUGCGUUUUACUUUACAUUAGCGCACGCGUGUGUAACGUGAUAGAUCAUAAUCUAUCACGUUACGUUACGUUGAUAUUGAAAUUGGUGCAAUAAGAGACGCUUUUCGAGCAUAUGUGUUAUAAAUGUAAUCGCCAUUUACGAAGAAAAGGGUUGUUACCCUAUGUAUUGUUACAGCUCAGCCGCACGGACUUGGAAGCGGACUCGCCGUUUCACUCGCGCUGCGUUGAAGCGUACAGUUCUGUCUCGCUCAUUGAAUGAUUAUAUACAGACGUGUGCGUGUGAGAGUUGCGUAAGAGUUGAGUCGGAUCAUAUUUUAUUUGAUGCUAGUAUGAGCGUACCGUAUCUUCCCUGUUUGUUUUAAUCUAAGGCCACAUCUUAAUCUUUAUGUAUGGGGCCGAUAUGAGAUUUUAAUCUGCCUCCAUAACCUCUGCUCUAUCCGAACUUGCUCGAUAUUUGAGAUUUAAUUAUUAUUUCUGUAGGAUAAUUUCACCCCAUGCUGCUUGUUUAAUUCAUGUUUGUUAUUCAAGGAUUACACAAAAAAUUAGGACUGCAAAUUAAUUAUUAGCAAUGAAUACCCGUUGUUUUAACCAAUAUUACUUUGAGAUUGUGUUUCUGUAUAGUGUCAUAUUUUUUAAAAAUUAAGGUAAUGUUUGAUGCUGUAAGAAUUAAAUACUUAUUUUCUAUUAUGAUAAUAAUGUCAAUAAAAAUACAUUCUUAAAAUUUCCCACCAUUAACUUUAGAAUAAUUAAAACUAUAAUAAAGAGAUUUACCAUCGUCUACUGAGAGAUUUUAAUCCCGACAUCAUGACUACACCAAGAUAAUAUAAAACAUGAUGGAGGCAGAUCUCUUAUGGUUAAGUCAGACACUGUCGUUUAAUAAUUAUAAUUUAAAAAUCAUAAAGGAUCCUUUCUUACAGUGUAUUUCUGUUUCAGAGAAAUGACAUUAUGCCUUCUAAAUAUAAACUCAAAUUAAUUUAUUUUUCGGCUCAUUUCUAGAGAUAGCUAGCAGCCAAAUCUACAUUUAUUAAAUUUCAUAUGGAUUUUUUAAUUUAAUAAGAACAAUUAUUACGUGAUACAGUAGUCUGAUGUAGCCGUUUCGUAUAGUUAUUAUUUUAUUUUAAGUAACCAAAGUUAUACUUUUAUUAUACUUAAAAAUAACCGCCACCGCCAUAUAUUUGGAUUUGAAAUAAUAGAACUUCAAAAAAUUUGGCAAUUUCCCUUACAUGUUUUGUAUGUAAAUUAAAUAUAGUGACAUUCCAAUUAAAGUAUUUUACCAAAG